UGACAAAAGCGCCUCUUUCCCUAAAUACAACCCAAAAAGUGUAAAAAAACAAAACAACCCCAAUAUAUCCAACUCAUAUAUGGAGCAACACACUACUUUGUUCUACACUAACACAACAGAACCUAUGUCGAAUGAGUCGCAAAGGAGAAACCAAAGUCGUGAUUAUCUCACGCGGAAAUCGUCUAUGCCGGCUUUCGCAGUUGGUAACGUUCAUGUAGAAGACGAUAUCGAAGAUGAAGAGAGUGAGUUCAAGAUGGGAAGGCUGAUUAGGCAAGCCUCCCUUAACUCUUCUCAAAUGGCCGCAGCUCCUCAACAAAUCACUAAGAAGGCGGUUAUGACAGGAAGUUCGAGUUUACCGCGAUACCCAUCUCAAAACCUCGAAGUAAAUAAUCAAGAAAAGAUUAGUAACAUGAGGAAAUAUGAAAGUAUGAAAGAGAGAUCAAGAAGCAAAAACAACAUAAAAAUGAGUAGCAGUAAAAACAUGAGUGGUGGUCCACCAACAAUUCCAGGGGGAUGGGCUGAUAAAGGUUUAUCAGAAGACAUCAAGGCACAAAUCAAGUUUUGGGCAAGAGCAGUUGCUUUUAAUGUGCAUCAAGAAUGUUAAUAAUAUGUUCAGGAUACCAGGCGCCUUAAUUAAUCGAGUACAUUAAUUAAUUAUAUUAUAUAUACUACACCAAAACAUGUUGAUAUACAAAUCAUAAGUUUGAUCCGGUUAAAUUCAUAAAUAUGACACUAACCGUAAAUAUUUUUUGUUA